AUGGUGGAAGAUGGGCAGUAUGGGAAGAUGGGAGAAGUGGAUUUCCACAUGAGUCCCAACAAUGUGACUGAAUUUGUUCUCUUGGGACUCAGACAGGUUCCACACUUGCGGAAUAUACCCUUCAUGGCCUUUUUGUCCAUUUUCCUGGUUGCCUUGCUGGCCAAUCUGUUCAUUGUCAUUACCAUCUCCUUCAGUCCCACACUUUUGACUCCUAUGUACUUUUUUCUCACUCACUUGUCCUUCAUAGAUGCCUCCUUCACCUCUGUCGCUACCCCCAAGAUUACCAUUGACCUGCUGUACCAGAGGACAACCAUCUCCUGGGGUAGCUGCAUGAUUCAACUCUCUUUAGAACACUUCCUGGCAGCAUCAUAGAUCAUUGUCCUCAUUGCCAUGGCUUAUGACCUCUAUGUGGCCAUUUGCAAGCCUCUGCACUACAUGACUAUCAUGAGAUAUGGGCUCUGUCAGUUCCUAGUGGUGGUGGCCUGGAUUGGAGGGGUAAUACACGCAGCUGGGCAGAUUCACUUGGUGCUUGAAUUGCCCUUCUGUGGUCCCAAUGUCAUUGACCACUUCAUGUGUGAUUUCUUCUCACUGUUGGAAGUUGCCUGCACUGACACCUCCUGGCAUGGAAUAGUGAUAUCAGCUAACACUGGGGGCAUGAGCUUGCUCAUUUUCUUCAUGCUACUCACUUCCUACAUAGUCAUUCUGAUCUCCCCAAAAUUCCUUGGCUCUGAAGGAAGAUGCAAAGCCCUCUCUACAUGUGGCUCCCACUUUACAGUAGUGGUACUCAUUUAUGUCCCUUGUAUAUUCAUCUGCAUAUGUCCUGUGGCCACCUAUCCGGUGGACAAGUUGGUGAGUUUGUUCUGUGGAACUUUCACUCCCAUGUUAAAUCCUAUAAUCUAUACAGUGAGGAACACAGAGGUGAAAAAUGCCAUGAAGUGUUUGUUGAAGAGGAGAGUAACUUGGGUUGCGCAUGAUGCCUAG